AUGGUCGAGGACAUCCAAAAAAAAGUUCUCAUCCCCAAGCAGAAGGAGGCAUUCUUAUGCUGUGCAAAGUGUUGUGACACAUCAUCGGGGCCGCGCGAUCUCGAAGCCUGCCGUCUGCUCCACCGUGAUGCUCCCCAACCAUGUUGUCGCCACCCGCUACUGCUGCCCCCUGAGCGCUUUCAGCGAGCAGCCAUGAGGUGCCAAGACGAAGUCAAGGACAUGUUGGGUUUCGAGCCCUCGCACUCGGACCAGGCCCGAGCACAGCUUAACCUGGCGCGUACUGCAUUCCGUAAAGCUGCUGCUGAUGAUGCUGAUGAUGCUGAUGAUGAUGAUGCUGAUGAUGGUGCCAGUGUGUCCCUCAGCUUUAUGUCCGCUUCUCUUCAGGUCUGGGAUUUGCUCCCCCCCAGCAAGUUCGACGGCUGCAUGGAGGCCGCCGGCAAGGAGUUCCUCCAAAAGGUUCCCAAACUCAAGGGCGACCUGUUAGCUGCCCUGCAGCGGCGCUGAAGGAUGUGGUGUAUGACGCGGUGUGUGCUUCCUGCUCCCGGGGGCCUGAGAUUGGCGCGGGACGUGCAGAGUAGAUGAAGCGCUGUAUUCAUCGUGCACCUCCUAUAUAUAAUGUAUAUAUACAUAUAUAUGUGUGUGUGUGCGUGCAUGACAAGAAGGUUUCGGAGCGUCCCGUCCUUUCCUGAGCCUCAAGUUUAGAGCCUUAGUCCGUGAGGUGAUGGUGACGUCGGCCGAAAACAGGUAUACCUGGAGCCCAAGUACGCGUUCACACGACGAUUCUAGGGGGGAUGUAUGGGCAAGGCAGGGCAGGGUUCAAACGGGCUGGGGACGCCCGGGUUGGCAGGACGUGUUGCGGCGUAGGCAGCGGCGUAGCGCGGCAGUGUGGGAGUCCACAUCAUGUGCGCCUCUUCGAACGACUGGGAAAAAUUAGGCUGUUGCACGGGGGCUGAUGCUGAUGCGGUGCUGGUACAUGCAUCAGUGGGGGACGGGAAAGCGUGGGAACCU